AUGGCCUUUGCUGCUGUGACUGUUUGUUUACAGACCCUUGAUCAGAUUUUUAGUCCCAACCCUUUUUUGAAUCUUGAUAAAGAUGAACAUUGUAAAUUUCUUUCCGAAAAACUUGGAAUCUUCCAGAGAUUUCUUGUGGACUCUGCAAAUAAACGCGAUAAUCUUGAAAUGGUAGAAGAUAUGGAGAGACGGAUUCGAGAUGUGUCUUAUAGAGCACAAGAUUAUGUUGAGGAAUUGGCCUCCUUUAGUUGGAAAGACUUGGACCUAGUGGAGUGUUAUGAUAGGGUGUAUAGUACCAAGGGCUGCUUGUCCCAAAUAAUAGAAGAAAUAAAAUUGAUUGAAUUGGAAGUGAUGAAGAUUUAUGAGCAAAUGUCUUGUCAUGCCAAUGUUUAUGAAUCUGAGAGUUACUUGCUUGAAAGCUCACCAGAAAAAGGUCCAGUAGUACAAGACUUUGUGGUUGGCCUAGACGACGAUGUGUUGGAGAUAAAAACCCGGCUAUGCUCUUUGUCGUCUAAGUUGGAGGUUGUCUCUCUUGUGGGUAUGGGAGGCAUUGGCAAAAGCACCCUUGCUAGAAUGGUUUAUGAUGACUCCCUCAUUAAAUAUCACUUCGGGAGUCGUGCUUGGGUCACAGUGAAAGACCGUCAAGUGAAAGGAUUCUUGCUUGGUCUACUGGAUGGUAUUGUUGAGCUUACCAAUGAGAUUCGUGAGAAAAAUAGAGAGCAAUUGGCAGAAAUGUUGUAUAAGAAGUUAAAGUUUAAUCGGUAUAUCAUCAUCUUGGAUGAUGUGUGGUCCACAAAGGAUUGGGAUAAAAUAAAAAGGUGUUUCCCUGAUGACAAGAAUGGAAGCCGGAUCUUGCUAACUACCCGACUUAUGAAAGUGGCAUUACAUGCUAAAUCUGAUAGCUCUCCGUACUGCUUAAAGUUCUUGGAUUUGGAGAGAAGCUGGGAGCUUCUAUGUCAUAAGGUGUUCGGAAGAAAAUCUGCCCAUCCAGAUUUAGAGGAUAUUGGAAAGAAGAUUGCAGAACAAUGCAAAGGGCUACCUCUAGCAGUUCUUGUGGCGGCUGGCCUGCUAUCUAAGAUGCAAAGGACUAGGAGCUGUUGGGUGACUUUUGCAAAAACAUUUUGUUCAAUUGGUACCGAUGAGCACAAGAAAUGCUUAGAUGUACUUGCUUUGAGUUACAGAAACUUGCCACAUCACUUGAAAGCUUGUUUCAUUUAUAUGUGUGCAUUUCCAGCAGAGAUUGCGAUUCAUGUCCAGCUAUUGGUAACACUAUGGAUCGCUGAGGGAUUUCUAACUACAGGAAAGCAUAAGACCUUGGAAAACUAUGCAGAAGAAUGUUUGGAAGAUCUUGUGAAUCGAAAUGUCGUUAUUGUCAAAAAGAGGAAAUCUAAUGGCCGAGUCAAAAGUUGUGCUAUUCAUGAUCUUCUGCGCGACUUAGGCUUGAGAGAAGCCCAAAGGGAGGACUUUUUUCAUCUCCCUGAACUCUUUGCCACAACUAAUACUUUGCACUGUGUCCGUCGUCUCAGUUACCAUGGUGUUUUCUCUUUUGAAGUUCCCUGGAAGCCACUGCUUCCCCUCUCCCGAACUCUAUUCAUUUUCGGUAAACUGAGAUUACUACAUGAGUCACAAUUGCAUGGUCCUUUACUAUAUAAGUUGUUGAGAGUAUUGCACAUAGUAGAUGUUUAUUUUGAUUAUUUUCCGGCUCAAGUUCUGCAACUGGUUCAUUUAAGGUAUCUUGCGCUAGUGGUCCGUGAGCCCGAAUGCCCUGAAUUAAUUUCAAGGCUCUGGAACUUACAGACCUUCAUUUUGAAUACACUUAAAAGUUUGAAUUUGCCUCGAACAUUAUGGGAAAUGGAACAAUUAAGGCAUGUCUAUUUGGAUCAAGGAGGAUGUCUUUUACCUAAUCCCACGUCUGGCUUCGAUGGUUGUAAGGUUUUGACGAAUCUACAGACAGUAACCAAAAUGAAAAUUGAAAGUUGUACAAGAGAAGUCAUUGUUAAUGUUCCCGAUCUCAAGAAAUUAGCAAUAGAAGGACUAGGAGAGCAUGCUAGCAGUCAGCCAUCAUCCUAUUACCUCAAUAAUCUUCUCUAUUUGAAGCAGCUCGAAAAAUUGAAGCUGAGAAGCCAUAAUAUGUUGUGCAUGGAUUUUUGCCCGUCAAGCCUCAAGAAGUUGGUUCUGCAGAGGUGUUCUCUCUCAUGUGGAUUUAUGAGUCCUCUUUGUAUGUUACCCAACCUUGAGAUUCUUAAAAUGAAGCGCGUAACCUUUGAGCAAUACACUUGGAAUCUUACUGAAGAAGUGUUUAGUAAUUUGAAGUACCUAAAAAUGGACUGUCUUAAGCUUAUGGAAUGGAAUGCUAGCUGCGUGAACUUUCCAAAACUUGAACAUCUAGUUCUACGUUGUAACUUCCUAGGGGAUAUACCUCAUGAAAUAGGGAACAUUUAUACAUUACAAUGCAUUGAGGUGAUUGCAUGUUCUGUGGCUGUUGAAAUGUCUGUUCAAAGAGUACAAGAGGAACAGAAGGAUAUGGGGAAUGACAGCCUCAAUGUUUCUAUCAAGAAGAUACUCCCUUGGUGUGAACAUUCACAAAAUUGGCGAGGGUUCAAAAAUUACUGA